AUGAGUCAGAGGGACGUGGAAGCAGAAUAUCCUGAGGGGAAAGUCAAUCUUACCCUCCUGCGGGCCUUAUCGAAAGCAUUUCGGAUCCGCAAUGGUGCUAGAUACUUACAAGGGCUGUGCGUGCGGGGCGUCGAAUCCUUGAGUUUUGGACUGCCUCGCAAGAAACGGCUUUACUUGAGGAUCCCCCGUACGGAAGUCACAUUGAAGUCCAUCCGCACAUACCGACAUGUCGCUCUAUACAAGCUUACCGCAGAAAGUGAAGGGGAGACGAGUUCGAGAAAUACACCUCUCAAAACUUGUUUGGAGGGCUCAGUGAGAUUUCGCGCUUGGUGGGCCGGUAGCGUGUGGAAUACGUAUUAA